AUGUCAGUAUCAAAAGUAAGAAGAACUGAUCGACGCAAAACUAAUCGUAAAGAAAGAAUUUCGAUUAAUUAUUUUAUACCAACUAAAGAAGGUGAUAAAUACCGUGUUUGCUUAAAUGCUUUUUCUUCCAUCACAUCAAUAAAAAGAAAACGUUUAAAUAUUAUUGCUAGAAAUUUUAAGACAACUCAGUUAAGUCCUAUUGAAAAGAGAGGAGGAUCUCGUGUAUCUGCAAAAAGUGAGGAAAUAACUAAGUCAAUAAUUGAUCACAUACUGGCAUUUAAAGUAAAAAAGUCCCAUCAUACAAGAAAAGAUAGUAAUAGAAGUUAUCUACAACCUGGUUUAUCAGUAAAUAUUAUGUACAAAGUAUGGAAAUGUGAUAGAAUAAAAAACAAUAAACCUAUAGCUUCAUUUAGCAAAUACUAUAAUGUAUUUGUAUCCAAAUUCAACUUAGCAUUUGGUCAUCCUCGGCAAGAUGUUUGCUCAUAUUGUACUGAAAUGAUAACUAAGAUAGAAAAAGAAUUUGAACAAGAAAAGAAAGAAGAAAUUAAAACUGAUUUGCAAAUUCACAAAAAAAAAUCAAAAUUGUUUUUUAUGAAGAUGGCUGAAAAAAAAGAAAAAGUAGUUUCAGUCUCUUUUGACAUGAUGCAGACUCAGCCUUUACCCAAACUCAGUGUAACCGAUGUAUUUUACUGUAGACAAGUAUGGCUUUAUAAUAUAACAUUUGUAAUAAAUUCAGAGGGUGUGGAAAAUAGAAAUACUUGUCAUACCUAUACGUGGCUGGAAAUUGAAAGCGGCAAGGGACCUAAUGAGAUAUGUUCAGCAUUAAUUUCUUUUUUAAGCUAUUUGGAAGAUAAAAUAAAGCAAUCUAUGUCCCCAGAUUAG